AUGUCGUCCUCCAGUGAAACGUGCCCGUUCUGUGGGAAAAACUUCAAGAGACUGAACAGCCACCUUCCCAGAUGCAAGAUGGCUCCGGUCACCACAACCACACAAAGGUCGCAGACCCCCCCUGGCCCAGCUGACCUCAUCACAGACAAGAACAGCAAGAAGACAUCUUUAUCAUCGUCUUCUUCAUCACCAUCAACAACUUCUACUAAGAGUAAGAAGGCAUCAUCUUCAUCUCCAUCACCAGCGUUAUCACCAUUGGCAACUACCACCAAGAGUAAGAAAUCAUCAUCAUCAUUGACAACGACUAAAAACAAUAAGAAGACACCAUCACCUUCCUCCUCCUCAUCCUCAUCAACAACAACUUCAAAGAAACGGCAGAAGCUCCUUGAUGAGACUUAUAUUCUCUCCAAAGACAGUCUGGCAAAAGAUCCAGCCAAUAUCCACACAAAACCCAAAGCGAUAGCCAAACUCAAAGCAGUCCCUGCCACAGCCCCAGUCCCUGCCACAGCCCCAGUCCCUGCCACAGUCCCAGUGAGCACUAAAGCCAAAGCUGCCUCUAAGAAGAAGGUUUCACUGAGGGAGCAGAUUGAACUAUCUGCUCAGACAGCCAGAGCUGCUGCCACACUAUCCAAGGAGCCUUUACCAGGGGCACAGAGUGAAGCAAGACCCUUCUGAAAGGAGGAGGUGGGGAGCAGUAGGGAGGAGGUGGGAGGAGAAGAGAAGCUGCAGGGGUCAGGCAGUGGUCAGCCCAGACCCAGCAUCCAGGACCACACCACCGUCAAACCUGACCGUCUGUACAGCAAGACAAUCGCACUGGACCAUAACCCAACCAUAACCUCUGACCUCAAUAAAGACCGUCUACGCAGCAAGACAAGCAACAGGGGACAACUCAUGGUCAACCACGUUUCCACCAUACUGGACCGUGUUCAGACCACAACCGCUGAUCGUAACAAAGACUAUCUGUAUAACAAGACCAGAAGACUGCUCACGGUUGAACUCGGUCAAACCUCCGUGAGGACAGAGUCAGCAACAGCCAAUCAGAGUGUGACAAGGGAGAAAGCGCCAUUCGACACCAGGAAGUAUGGCACUGAGCAGAGGAUCAUGGGUAAACUGUCUCUAGGGGAGGUGAGGCUGAAGGAACUACCUUGCUGGAUCGCUACCAGAGCUCCCCGCAACCCCAGAAAUGGAGUACAGGCCCUGAUCAGCGGAUGGCAGUGGUACUACAGGAGGUAUAUAGAUGUGAGGAAAGGUGGAGUGGGAGGAGUGGCCAUGCUGUUAGCAGGAUACUGUGUGAUGGGCUACACCUGGCACUACCCGCACAUCAAGCAUGACCGCUGGAGGAAGUACCACUGAGCCCUGCUGAGUGGUAGGGGUCAAACUAAGGGGAAACCUCUUCACUCUGGGAGCGCGCCCCUAGUGGUGUGGUGGAGAAACAUUUUCCAACAGGAGACAUAUUUGACGAGCUGCAGCUAUGGCGAAAACGCUUUGGCUAUACACAUAUUCUUCUGUGUGAAAGGAGAUGAAAUGUAUACAGAAGCAACACUUGAGGUGCCCAGGGAAAUGGUCUCAUUUCAGUUUGAAGUUUAAUUUCUUGUAAACCUUGUGUACAACUCUUUAAGUAUUUAUGUCACAUUUGCUGUUGUUUUGUUAACUGUUUAUGAAAGGGAAGGAUAUCUCAAUGUUACACCACGUCUGCUUCUAGGACAAGUUAAAAAUGAAUUGUGUUCUCUCUAAACUAGUGAGAACAGCAUCAAAAGCUGUCAGCACUCCUAAAGGACUCCCAGCCAAUCCAGCAAGUGUCACUGUUGGGACUGUUUUUGUGUAAACUGACAAUGUACUGUGUGUAGCAUGCCCUCCCUAUCAAUGCUUCAAAUGAUUGAAUGUAGUCAUGACCAGCCAUGAGACAAACUGGCCCAAGUAUAGUAAUACUAUAAUAACAAGUAUUACAGUGUGUGUGCUUGCAGUAUUUAACUGACUGAAGGUUUUACCAAUACUACAUGUUUGAGAAAGGUUAAGUUUCAAAUGAAUCAGGCUAUGCCCAUUUAUGAUUGUAUUCAAAAAUGAAUUUAUUGUUGACUUUUCUCUUUCUGUUGUAGUGAACACAAACUAAAAAUGAACAACACAG